CUCGCCCCUCCGAGUCUCCGCCGGCUCCGCCCCCCGUCGUCGCGAGCGGUCGCGCGGCCUGAGCCGUUCCCCGACGGGCCGCUGGGAGCUCGGCCGCGGCGUCUGAGCUGAGCGCGGAGACGCUGCUGCUGCCCCGAAGUCCUCCUGGAUCUUGAGGCGUAUGGAACCUCAAGAUCUUUGUGACAAUGGAAACCAAAAAAUUUAUUGGUAAACCGCUUCAACCAGCAAGACCUGUUCGUCAUCUGACUUCUCCCCCAGAAGCAGUGUUUCCUUUCAACUUUCCAAAUGAAUAUCCUUGCAGCACUCAGUGUUUACAAAGUGGAGUUAGCAGAUGUAAGACGAAUGGAAUGCAAACCUUUUCUCAAGGUCUUAAUGAACAACAGCAACAUCAGUCUCCAGUUAAAAAAGAGAGAAUUAAAUACAGCAGAGAUUUCCUGUUGAAGCUCUCAAGUAUUUCCAUCUGCAGGAAGAAACCAGACUUUCUGCCUGAUCAUCCUAUUGUACUUCAAAAACCAGAAAACAACCAAAAUUUUAAGUAGCACUUUAAGAACAGAUGAACUUGAAGAUAAAGAAUUAUUCAUUUUAUAUUUUGGACACCUGCAAAUGAAGUGGAUCUAAUAACAAUAGCUAUAAUGGACUGUGAUAAUUCAAUUUAUUUUUUAAUUUUGAUGGUUGGCUCUUUGGUUUCUCCUAACAUGAGAAAGAGAUAUUUUAAACUAUAAAGAAUUUUCUAAUCAUUUUCAGAUUUGCAGGCAGUUUCCUGCCUGAAUUGGGAAGUAACAUUGGAAAGUAGGAAUUUGGUUAGUGAAGUGGGAAGACUGUGUAUUUAUAAUUUGCAUGCUACUUGCAGUUUUCUGUUUUUCAUCACUUGUAAUAAUGGAAUGGAAAUGUAAGCUGUAAAGAUUCUCAAAUACAAAGUAUUUGAUACAAUGUA